UUUAAAAUGUAAACAAAUUUUUAUUAGUAUUACUAGUAUUGCUACUAUGUACUUUUAAUAUAUAGUAUACCAUACUUUACACACAUGCGCGCGCGCAUGAUAUGUGCAGACAUUUCGUGAUGGAGGAUGUUUCAACAAAAGGAUUUAACGAAGAGUAUAGUAAUUAACUUGAAUUUUUGGGAACAAUGUGCUUUAAACAUUCCAUGUUCUUCGUAUUUUUUAUAUUAUUCGUGGGUAAAACUAAUGUAAAUGGUUUAGAUCCCAGUGAUAUAGUUAUUGUAAUAUUAGAUCAAAAGGAAGGUUAUCACAUGGCACAAGCUGAAAUGUUAAAGAAAAAUAUUUUUGAACAAGCAGAUGCUCUUGAUAAGGAUCCUCCCAAAAUUAUUUUAUCUCAUAAAUUAAAUAUUAAUGGAUCUUGGGCAAUAAUACCACUUCUGAAUCAUUUGUCAGAUACAUAUCCUGCUUCAAAAUGGUUUUUCUUCUGUCUGGAGAAUACUGCAAUUAGAUUGAGUAAAUUAUUGGGUAUUCUUUCUAAGUAUAAAGAAAAUAAAAAUAUAUGGAUUGGUCAUGCAUUGUAUGAUCAAGAACCAACUAUCAUACAUCAUUUUGCAGAGCAUAAGAAAAAAUUUAAAUAUCCUCAUAUAGCUUCAGGUUUUGCAAUAAGCUCAACUUUGUUAAUUAGUUUACUACAUAAAAUUAAUGAAGGUGGUAAACCUAAAGAUGAUUUUUCAAUUGAUGCAUCAUAUGAAUUUGCAUCUUUUGUAUUAAAAAUUGAUAAAGGAGUACGAUUAACACACGUAUCUGAAAUAUGUAUUAUAUCUAGUUCUGACUGUGCUACAUAUCCAAGAUUUUUUCAUCCAUGUGGUUCAUCUGUGACCACUGAAAAUAUAUAUUUUGCUGUAAAAACUUGUGCAAAAUUUCAUACUGAAAGGAUUCCUGUGAUUAAAAGAACAUGGGCAAAAUAUGCUACAAAUAUCGGUUAUUUUAGUGAUGCUGUUGAUAAACAUUUACCAGAUACUUUCAUUGUACCAAAUACAACACAAGGGCAUUGUGCAAAAACAUACAGUAUUUUAGUAGAAGCAGAUAAAAUAUUGAGAAGGAAAAAUUUAGAUUGGUUAAUAAUCAGUGAUGAUGAUACGAUCUUUAGCAUGGCGCGCAUGUUACGUUUAUUAACAUGCUACAAUCCAAAAUCUCCAGUUGCUAUUGGAGAACGAUAUGGUUUUCAACUUUGGGACAAUGCUUACGGGUAUGAAUAUUUAACAGGUGGAGCAGGUGUUGCUUUAUCUGCACCUUUAGUUCAUAAAAUGAUAAAACCUGGUGGAUGUAAUUGUCCAUCAUCUACAACUCCAGAUGAUAUGUACCUUUUUGGAAUAUGUUUAGCGCGAAUGAAGGUGCAAGUAGUACAUUCACCGAUGUUACAUCAAGCUCGUCCUUCGGACUAUGCACCUGCCUAUCUUGCUUCACAAGAGCCUAUAUCGUUCCAUAAAUUUUGGAUGAUUGAACCUCAAAUGGUUUAUAACGAAUGGUUUGCAGAAGCAGAUAAAGUUUUAAUUACGGUUAGUAGACACACAGAAUUAUAAUAUUAUUACAAUUUACUACUCAUUUUCCAAGUAUUUUAUAAUAAAAUAUAUAAGAAAUUAAUUAGUUAAUUAUGACAGAAUUUUGUAAUAAAUUUUUAUUUUCCAAAUGUAUAAUUUUUAUAUAAUAAAAAAUAUUAAAAAUAUAGCAACAAAAAAUAUUAAUUAUAUGUUAUGUACGUGUCAUAAUUUUGAUCGUACUAUUUCUCUCCACCAUGACGGCCGUUCAAAGUUUUCUUUAACUUUGAAUAUUUCUUCUUUGAUAUGUUCAUAUAUCUGUAUACAAAAUAGAUUUAGAUAAUUGUUAGAUU